CUCCCGCGCGCAUGUCCGCUCGCCUUCCUCGCGGUCACGUGCUGCGCUGCUGCCGGGACGCUCACCGCACAUAUACAUAGAGCCGACGCUGUCCGUCGGCCUUCUUCGGUGUCCUUUCGCUCCUGCUGCACGCCAAGGCGGGAUAAAGAAGAAGCCGUUCCAUUUUCCUCAGCGGCGGAAGCAGAUCGGAGAAGGGGAAAACCUUCCCCUCGCUUCAUACCUCCCUCUGCCGGUGGAUUCCUCCGCCUUUCCGCUCUGCCUGAAGUAGUUCGGUGGCCGUCAGACCCUUCCUUCGCGCCGCUUCUGUCCCAUUGCGGCGGCUGCUUUCGGCCCCUCGGUGGCCAUGGGGCUCCUGUCGCAGGGCUCCCCGCUGAGCUGGGAGGAGACGCAGAAGCACGCGGAGCACGUGCGCAAACACGGCAUCCUCCAGUUCUUGCACAUCUACCGAGCCGUGAGGGAGAGGCACAAGGACGUGCUCAAGUGGGGGGAUGAGGUGGAAUACAUGUUGGUAGCUUUUGACCAUGAGAAGAAGAGAGCUCAGUUGUCUUUAACUGGAGAACAAGUUCUUCAUACUUUGCAAGAAAAAGGUGAAAGAGUAAAUCCUAACCAUCCAACUCUGUGGAGGCCAGAAUAUGGAAGCUAUAUGAUUGAGGGGACUCCCGGACAGCCUUAUGGAGGAACAAUGUCUGAAUUUAACACUGUGCAAGACAAUAUGAGGAAACGGCGUCAGGAAGCUGCUUCUGUUCUGAAAGAAAACGAAGCUCUCUGCACUGUCACGUCAUUCCCAAGAUUAGGAUGUCCAGGAUUUACGAUACCAGAGUGCUACCCAACACCUGUUGAGAUGGGAGCAUCUAAGUCUCUCUUCUUCCCAGAUGAAGCCAUUAACAAACAUCCCAGAUUUAGUACCUUAACAAGAAACAUUCGGCACAGAAGAGGAGAAAAAGUAGUGAUAAACGUACCAAUAUUUAGGGACAAGAAUACUCCAUCACCAUUCAUAGAAACAUUCCCUAGUGAUGACGGUGAAGCGGCAAGAGCAGCCAAGCCUGAUCAUGUGUAUAUGGAUGCCAUGGGAUUUGGAAUGGGCAAUUGCUGCCUUCAGGUAACAUUCCAGGCUUGCAGUAUUUCUGAAGCAAGAUAUCUUUAUGAUCAGCUAGCUACCAUCUGCCCCAUUGUGAUGGCUCUAAGUGCUGCUGCUCCAUUCUACAGAAGCUAUGUGACUGAUAUUGAUUGCCGUUGGGGAGUAAUAUCUGCAUCGGUAGACGAUAGGACACGAGAGGAGAGGGGAUUAGAGCCACUGAAGAACAACCGUUACAGAAUCAAUAAAUCCAGAUAUGAUUCCAUAGAUAGUUACCUCUCUGAGUGUGGUGAAAAGUACAAUGACAUUGAUUUGACAAUAGAUAAAGAAAUCUAUGACCACUUAGUCAAUGAAGGCAUAGACCAUCUUUUGGCACAGCAUAUUGCUCACUUAUUUAUUCGAGAUCCAUUGACUUUAUUUGAAGAGAAAAUUCAUCUGGAUGAUGCAAAUGAAUCUGAUCAUUUUGAGAAUAUUCAGUCAACAAACUGGCAGACUAUGAGAUUUAAGCCCCCACCUCCAAAUUCAGAUAUUGGAUGGAGAGUUGAGUUCAGACCAAUGGAGGUCCAGUUAACAGACUUUGAAAAUUCUGCCUAUGUUGUAUUUGUGGUGCUGCUGACCAGAGUCAUUCUUUCAUACAAACUGGACUUCCUGAUUCCUUUGUCCAAGGUGGAUGAAAACAUGAAAGAAGCUCAGAAACGGGAUGCUGUCCGGCAGGGCAUGUUUUAUUUCAGGAAAGACAUUAGUAAAGGUGGCAAUGCUGUAUUCGAUGGGUGUGGCCCAGCCCAAAAUGGUACAGAAACGGAUGCGGAAGAGUAUACCUUAAUGAGCAUUGAUACAAUAAUCAAUGGCAAGGAGGGUGUGUUUCCUGGCUUAAUUCCUGUUUUAAACUCUUACCUUGAAAACAUGGAAGUGGAUGUGGAUACAAGAUGCAGCAUUCUGAAUUACUUAAAACUGAUAAAGAAGAGAGCAUCAGGAGAACUGAUGACAGCCGCUCGAUGGAUGCGAGAGUUCAUUGCAAACCACCCAGAUUACAAGCAAGAUAGUGUGAUCACGGAGGAAAUGAAUUACAGCCUGAUUUGGCGAUGCAAUCAGAUUGCACAAGAGGAAGUGGAGUGCCCUGAGCUGCUUGGUGCCUGCGUUAACAAAGUCAAAUAUACUGGGACUAAAACCAGCACCUUUUGAUGGAAGGCUUUCAUCCAGGGUGGGAGGUUCAAAACAUUCUCUGCUGAAGCACUAGUGACCGUACUGUGAAAUACUUGCAAUUUCUUAGUGUGAAGACCAAAAAUGGUUCUUCUGUAUUACACGAUGGGCCAAUCUCCCUGAAUAGUCUUUUAAAGCUUCCUCAAAUAGGCAUAUUCUUAUAUUUAAGGUUUAUACUGUGUACAUGUAAAUAGUAAAAUAUUUUUUUGAUUUAACAUCAGCAGAUUUUAAUAACAUACUGAAAAGUCAUUGUGAAACCAGCCUGUAACUUUUUUAUAUGCUUAUUCUGGGGUGGGGUAGGGGGAAGUGGCACAGCUUUGUAAAGGUACUGUAAUGGCACUUGUAUAUUUUCAGCAUUCCAGACUUUGAAUGGUUACUCUGACUUUUGUUAUCUGAAAUGCACUAAAGAAUUUACUACGUUUUAAAGAAGAAAUUCAGUCCCUGAUUCACAUUUCGCCCCCUGCUAUGAGGAUCUGAUGCAGUUAAAAUCUUAGUAUAGUCCCUGUCAGAAGUCUCAUAGGAAUCAGAUUUGCAGCCAAGAAGCCUGCUACAGAAACUCGGAUUAAAGUAGAUUUUCAUGUCUGCUAUCAAUGGGAUGGAAUUAUCUUGAAUUCAAAAGAACUGAUUGGCUGUAUUGGACAGUAGCCAGCAUAUUCCUGCACUGCUUGUUUUUGUCCUUGCUCUAAAUCUGUCACCUUCAUUUUACCUGAUCAGCUCAAUGGCAUGAUGCAAUAUAUGUACUUGAUUUCUGACAGCUGGAGUCUUUAAGGUAGGUUUCUCCCUUGGGUGCAGGGAAAUGCAGUGAGAUUUCAAGGGGAAAUAAUUCUUAAUGUCACCACAUCCUUUUUGUAGUCAAAACAGAUAAUGUACUAUCUUUGUUAAGUGAUCAUGAAUCCAGUGGGCUUCUUCAGUCUUUUUUCUAAGUCUCCCCCCCCCCCCCCCCCCGCUUCAUGUAAAAGUCUAUGUCUCAUAUUUAGUCAGCUAGAAGAUUCUUCCCUGAUUAUGAGAUGAGCAGACAGGUAUUUUUCCCUCCACUGCACUGUAACGAGACAGUAAAUAACUAUGGAGUCCACACCAAGGUGUCUAUGGGCAUAGAAGCCAGAAUAAUGCAUUAUCUCCCACACAAUAAAAAUUGGGAAUUUCUAUUCAGCUACAUUUCUGUCUGGGCCCAAGUCAGCUUGAGUGUUGCACAAAACUAAGAGACCAAACAAACUGUAGGAGAAUAAGCAGUGUACCAAUAGCAGAAAAGGAGGAUGGUAAAUUAGAAGUGAGAUUAUUUUUGUUUUUUCUUGUGACACAAUGAAAUGUUCCCCUUAUUUUCUAGAAGCUAUAUCUUCUCUAGUAUAUAACCAUUUCUAGAGGAAUCAUGAAUUCACUAAUCUUUCUGUGAAUCAGGAGCCUGGAGUUUAAAAGAAUUGUAAAACCAAGACAAUUGCUGCAAUUGUACAUAUAACCUGAGGUUUAGGAGGCUUUUAAAUAUUAGCUGCUGAUAAAGUUAAGAGUGGCUUACUGUAUGAUAGAGUAUGAAAUCUGUAAUAACAAGCAUAUAUUAAUAUCUUAAGGUGUAAUGAUUUCUUACCAAAAAUGUUAAAAAUGCAGUGAAACUGCAUAACAGUAUGCCUUGUAGAGAUAAUAAUAGAAUGUGCAGUGUUUGUAGGUGUGCUUUAGGGAAACGUUUGUUCCAGGUUGUACAUGGAGUGGCAAAGGAUCACUAAACAAUGGAAUGAAUAAAUAAAAUUUGAAUUACAUCA